GGUACAGGAGGCGCGAAUCUCUCGGGUGGUCAGAAGCAGCGGCUGGCAAUCGCGCGGGCGCUCCUCCGCAAUCCCACUGUCCUUAUUCUUGACGAAGCGACAUCUGCGCUGGACGCAACGUCCCGCAUUUUGGUCUUCGAGGCCAUCAAGCGGUGGCGACACAAUAUGACAACCGUCGUGAUCACCCACGACCUCUCGCAAAUUGAGCUCGACGAUUUCGUGCACGUGCUCCACGAGGGAAGGCUCGUCGAGCAGGGCUUCCGAUUCGAGCUUGAG